GGCAAACAUGUGCCUGUUUUUCUGGGCGCAUUCCACCUCGAGCGGCCAUACUACUACAACCAUAGAGUGCGGCUUGUCUACAUGAUGCUCCUAUCCUGGGCAGGCGAACCUAUCGAUUCGGAGCAUCAUGACUCUCCGGAAUUAAUGCAUACACGUCGCUCGGCAGUCGAAUCAGUAGGACGGCUAGGCGUUGAGCAUGACGACGUACGCGACGCCAAUAUGUUUUGUUGCUCUGAGACCAAUUCUAUAAUGCUCAUAGACUUUGAGCGUUCAACAUUUCAGGUCCGAACCCCUGCGCUG